AUGUCUAAUAAGUCUGGGGAUAUCGAAAUGGGCAGCGAAUCUAGAGUGGAAGAGAUAGUUGAUGAUGAAAUCGUUGACGACGCUACUGAUUCGUCAGAAUAUGUUGAAAUGUGGAUAGACCUUUUCCUGGGUAAGAAGGGACAUGAAUACUUUUGCGAUAUUGAUCCAGAUUAUAUUACGGAUCGUUUCAAUCUGAUCAACUUACAAAAGACGGUAUCUAAGUUUACUCAAGUGGUUCAAUAUAUUGUCGAUGAAUUGGAUGAAUCAGUUCUGGAGAACAUGUCACACGCACGUUUAGAACAGUUAGAAAACGAUGCACGUAAACUAUAUGGGCUGGUGCAUGCUCGUUAUAUCAUAACAUUGAAAGGUUUACAAAAGAUGUUGGCGAAAUAUAAGGAUGCAGAUUUUGGUAGGUGUCCAAGGGUCUACUGUAACUUCCAACCGUUGUUACCAGUUGGAUCACACGACGUACCAGGAAUAGACUGUGUCAAAUUAUAUUGUCCAUCCUGUGAAGAUUUAUAUAUUCCAAAAUCAUCGAGACACAGCGCCAUUGAUGGUGCUUAUUUUGGCACUAGUUUUCCCGGUAUGUUUUUGCAAGCAUUCCCAGAAAUGGUACCAAGACAUCCAACCAGAAGAUACGUUCCAAAAAUAUUUGGGUUUGAAUUACACAAGCAAGCGCAAUUAGCACGUUGGCAAGAGUUGCAACGUUUAAAACUGGAAAAGAAAUUGAAAGGCGCCAAUUUUGACCUAACAAAAUAUGGUGGCUACAAAAAUUAG